AAGUUAUAGCUGUUAGGGAGCGUGACCUAUCCGUCACCAUCCUGGCCAGUGCGCCUCGAGGAGGCGAUGAGGGGGUGAGGAUUUGGUCCGCCUCGCUGGACGCCGUCGGUAUUUUUGGUCAGGGAUAGAGAUGGCGGAGCUUGGCGGAGCUUGACUGUUGUGAGGGGGAAGGUGGCACUAGGGAGAGGCCGUGGCUGCAGUGAUGACUUUCUUAGGAUACCUUUGGAUUUAAUUGUGAAAAGAAAGCUUUAUUUCUGAGCAGCUUCUUCAUUUAGUUGAGCUUCAAAAAUGGUGCGCUACUCUCUGGAUCCAGAGAACCCCACAAAAUCAUGCAAGUCACGGGGAUCCAACCUUCGAGUGCAUUUCAAGAACACUCGUGAGACCGCCCAGGCCAUCAAGGGCAUGCACAUCCGCAAGGCCACCAAGUACCUGAAGGAUGUCACCCUGAAGAAGCAAUGUGUUCCCUUCCGUCGCUACAACGGGGGAAUCGGGCGAUGUGCACAGGCCAAGCAGUGGGACUGGACUCAGGGACGGUGGCCCAAGAAAAGUGCAGAGUUCUUGCUGCACAUGCUCAAAAAUGCAGAGAGCAACGCUGAGCUCAAGGGUCUUGAUGUGGAUUCUCUGGUCAUCGAACACAUCCAAGUCAACAAGGCUCCCAAAAUGCGCAGGCGUACCUACAGAGCGCAUGGGCGGAUCAACCCCUACAUGAGUUCCCCUUGCCACAUUGAGAUGAUCCUCACUGAGAAGGAGCAAGUCGUUCCCAAGCCAGAGGAAGAAGUUGCUCAAAAAAAAAAGAUAUCCCAAAAGAAGCUGAAGAAGCAGAAGCUGAUGGCUCGGGAGUAAAUCUGACACAACGGAUGUACAGAAAUAAAAUUAAGAAGUUAAUGA